AAAAAUAGAAGGUUUAAAAAAAAAAAAAAAAAUGAAGUACUGGUUUGGCCUGAGGUCUUUAAACGCAGCAGCACUCAGCAGCGCUGCGCAGUGUCUGCAAACGGAGUCGUCACGUAAAGCCGCCAUGAGCCGAGCCAAGCCCACACUCGUCUACCUGGUCACCGGGGGCUGCGGCUUCCUGGGCCGACACCUUCUCAGGCUGCUGCUGGAGAAGGAGGACCGGCUGGUCGAGGUUCGAGUGUUCGACAAACACACGGACGACAGCCUCAAGGGACUCGGAACAGAUCGCACCAAGGUGACAGUCAUCCAGGGCGACAUCACCGACUACCAAAGCGUGCUGGCGGCCAGCUGCGGCGCCGACGUCGUCAUCCACACCGCCGGCCUGGUGGACGUCUGGCACAAAGUCCCCGAGAACCUCAUCUAUGCCGUCAACGUGAAAGGAACCGAGAACGUGAUCCGCGCAUGCGUGGAGAACAGUAUCUGCAGUCUGGUGUACACCAGCAGCAUGGAGGUGAUCGGGCCCAACAUGAACCGCGAGCCGUUUGUCAGGGGCAAUGAAAACACACCUUACCAGGUGAAGCACACGAUGGCCUACCCCAAGAGCAAGGCCAAGGCCGAGAAGAUUGUUCUGGAAGCAAACGGCAUCAAGGUGAAAAGCGGCGAGCGCUUGCUCACGUGUUCGCUGAGGCCGACGGGCAUCUACGGUGAGGGCCACGAGCUGAUCAAAGACUUCUACAGGCUGGGCGUCAAGAGGGGGGGCGUGAUCGUCCUCGGCGUCCCGGAAACCACUGAACACGGGCGAGUCUACGUUGGCAACGUGGCGUGGAUGCACGUGCUGGCCGCCCGUGCCCUGGUUGAGCACUCGGAAAAGGUCGGCGGCGAGGCCUUCUUCUGCUACGACGACUCCCCGUACAAGAGCUACGAGGACUUCAACAUGAUCUUCCUGUCCACCUUUAACUUCCGGCGGGUCCGCAUGCCGCUGGUGCUGCUGUGGUUGCUGGCCGCGCUCAACGACGUCCUGCGCUGGGUCCUGUGGCCCGUCUGCAACUUCACGCCGCUCCUGAACAGCUACACCUUGAGCGUGGCCAGCACCUCCUUCACCGUCAACACGGACAAAGCGCUGCGCCACUUCCAGUACCGCCCACUCUACAACUGGGACGAGUGUCGGGAGCGCACGCAGAAAUGGGUCGAUACCUUCCCUUUGGAGAACUCCAAAGACGCCUAAUGGCACCCGAGUGGUUGCUGAUGUCGUGACCAAAAUGAAUAUGUUAUUCAAUUACUUUUUAUAUCAGUGCUGCUCUUGUCAAGCCCCCCCGAUGGGACAGAAUUGCUUUCACGCCCCACCAAAAAUAUAAUAAUAAUAUAUAAAUAUAUUAUUCAUCUGUAUGUGUCAAAUUAGUUCUUUCUUUACUAACACUGAAGAUGCUAUUGCGCCAUUGACUCUCACGCCCCCCCUUUCACCAGACAACUCAUGGUGCCCCUCUCCCAGGGCGCUCCGCCCCACCCCCCAUGGUUUGUGCAGCCCUUUUGAGACACUAGUGAUUUAGGGCUAUAUAAAUAAUCAUUGAUUGAUUGAAAUUGUAACUUGCUAAAAGUCAAAUUUCACUAGGACACUUUUUUUUUACCCCCCAAAAUUAAUGUUUAUUUUUCAAUCUCUGCGGGUCAAAAUUGUUAUUUACUCACACUAAAGAUGCUAUUACAUCAUUGCCUCUCACAACCCCCUUUCACCUGACAACUCAAUCCGCCCCCCCAUACCCCCAAGGUAUUGUUUAUUUUUCUAUAUGUGUCAAAGUAGUUAUUUACUCACACUAAAGAUGCUAUUAGGUCAUUGCUUCUCAACCCCCAUUUCACUCGACAACUUACGGCCCCCCAAUUUGGAACUUGCUCACAAUCAAAUUUCACUAAGACACAUUAUUUUUUUCACGCCCUCCCCUGAAGGUUUUGUUUAUUUUUCUAUCCUUGUCAAAAUAGAUAUUUACUCACACUAAAGAUGCUAUUACGUCGUUGCCUCUCAGACCCCCUUUCACUCGACAACUCACGCCCCCCCCAAUUUGGAACUUGCUCACAGUCAAAUUUCACUAAAACACAUUCUUUUUUUCACGCCCCCCCCUGAAGGUAUUGUUUAUUUUUCUAUCUGUGUCAAAAUAGCUGUUUACUGUCACUAAAGAUGCUAUUAAGUCAUUGCCUCUAAGCCCCCCUUUCACUUGACAACUCACACCCCCCCCCCCAAUUUGGAACUUACAGUCAAAUUUUACCAGGACACAUUAUUUUCUUCAUGCCCCCCUGAAGUUAAUGUUUAUUUUUUUAUCUGUAUGUGUCAAAAUAGUUAUUUACUAUCACUAAGGAGCUAUUACGUCAGUGCCUCUAGGCCCCCCUUUCACUCUACAACUCACGCCCCCCCAAUUUGGAACUUGCUUACAGUCAAAUUUCACUAAGACACAUUAUUUUUUUCACGCCCGCCUUAAGUUGUUGUUUAUUUUUCUAUCUGUAUGUGUCAAAAUCGUUAUUUACUCACACGAAAGAUGCUAUUACACCAUUGCCUCUCACGCCCCCCUUUCACUUGACAACUCAAUGCGCCCCCCCGAAGGUAUUGUUUAUCUUAUAUAUAUGUGUCAAAAUACUUCUUUCUUUACUCACACUAAAGAGGCUAUUAGGCCAUUGCCUCUCACGCCCCCCUUUCACUCGACAACACCCCCCAUUUGGAACUUGCUGACAGUCAAAUUUUACUCAGAUUCUUUUUUUUCCCCCCGCCUCACCUGACGAUAUUGUUUAUUUUUCUAUCUGUGUCAAAAUAGUUAUUUGCUCACACUAAAGAUACUAUUAGGUCAUUGCCUCUCACGCCCUUUUUUCACUCAACUACUCACCCCCCCAAUUUGGAACUUGCUCACAGUCAAAUUUUACUAGGACAUUAUUUUUUUCACGCCCCCCUUCUAGAGUUAUUUUUAAUUUUUCUAUCUGUAUGUGUCAAAAUCGUUAUUUACUCACACUAAAGAUGCUAUUACGCCAUUGCCUAUCACGCCCCCCUUUCACCUGACAACUCAUGGUGCCUCCCCCAUCCAGGGCGGCCCACCCCACGAUUUAAGAAACACGGCAUUAAAAGGGCUAAUUGGAACUUGCUCAGAUUUAAAUUUUAGCAGGACUCAUUAUUUUUUCACUCCCCCCUGAAGUUAAUGUAUAUUUUUCUAUCUAUAUGUGUCAAAGUAGUUAUUUCCUGACAGUAUGGAUGCUAUUUGUCAUUGCCUUUCACCCCCCCCCCCCCCCCCUCCCAAUUUGGAACUUGCUCACAGUCAAAUUUGACUAGGACUCAUUAUUUUUUUCACGCCCCCCUGAAGUUAAUGUAUAUUUUUCUAUCUGUAUGUCUCAAAAUAGUUAUUUCCAAACACUACAGAUGCUAUUAUGUCAUUGCCUUUCACACCCCAGCCCCCAUUUGGAACUUGCUCACAGUCAAAUUUUACUAGGACUCAUUAUUUUUUUCACGCCCCCCUGAAGAUAAUGUAUAUUUUUCUAUCUGUAUGUGUCAAAAUAGUUAUUUGCUAACACUACAAAUGCUAUUAUGUCAUUGCCUUUCACCCCUCCCCAUUUGUAACUUGCUCACAGUCAAAUUUUACUAGGACUCAUUUUUUUCACGCUCCCCCGAAGUUAAUGUAUAUUUUUCUAUCUGUAUCCGUCCAAAUAGUUUGUUACUAACACUAUAGAUCAGGGGUAGGGAACCUAUGGCUCGCGAGCCAGAUGUGGCUCUUUUGAAGACUGCAUCUGGCUCUCUGAUAAAUCUGAGCUGACAUUGCUUAACACGAUAAGUAAUGAAUAAUUCCACUUGUAAUAAGUGUUAAAAAUAAUGUCCAAAACAUUAAACAUUCUCAUGCAUUUUUAGUCCAUCCAUCCGUUUACUACCGCACCUGUUCAAGAAGUUGCGAUAAGAAGUUACACCCCAGUUCGCUGCCAGCCCGCAGGCCACCCCCCCUCCACAGUUAGCUUCAGAAUAACAAUGUUAUUACAAAGAAUAAGAGACCUAUUAUACUCUAGAAAUGUUGGUCUUACUUAAAAAUGCAUGCAUUUAGUUGUGUUCAGUGUCAAAAAAAAUAUUAUAUGGCUCUUACGGAAAUACAUUUUGAAAUAUUUAGCUUUUUGGCUCUCAGCCAAAAAGGUUCCCGACCCCUGCUAUAGAUGCUAUUAUGCCAUUGCCUCUCACACCCCCCCGAUUUGGAACUUGUCAGUUAAAUUUUACUAGGACUCAUUAUUUUUUCACGCCCCCCUAAAGUUAAUGAAUAUUUUUCUAUCUGUAUGUGUCAAAGCUGUUAUUUCCCAACAUUAUAGAUGCUAUUUGUCAUUGCCUUUCACCCCCCUCCCCCACCCCCCAUUUGGAACUUGCGCUCACUCAAAUUUUACUAGGACUCAUUUUUUUCACGCUCCCCCGAAGUUAAUGUAUAUUUUUCUAUCUGUAUGUGUCAAAAUUAUGAAUUAUCUCUUGAUAAUUCACAGCGAUCCCCCUCAGGGGGGCGAAUUCCACUAUUUAAGAAGCACUGCAUUAAAGGCGCUAUUUACAUUUAAAUGGACACAUUAUUUUUUCACGCCCCCCUGGAGUUAAUGUUUAUUUUAUUUAUCUGUAUGUCGAGAUAGUUCUUUACUAACACUAAAGAUGCUAUCACUCCAUUUCCUCUACCCCCCCCCCCCCCCCCCCCCCCCCUUCCAGGGGGCCCCUCCCUACUAUCUAAGAAGCACUGCGUUUAACUGGCUGUUACUCACAGUUCCAUCUUACCAGGUGACAUAAUUUUUUUUCACGCCGCCCCAGAAGUGGAUGUUUAUUUGUCAUGAGUCAAUAUAUUUUCUCUUGCCUCUUACGCUAUUUGAGAAGCACUGAUUUUUAAUCUACUUUUCCAAACUUUAUUACUUAUUGUGCUCCAAACCAGUAGGGAGCCAUAACAUUAAUUUAAUCAAGCUUGUUAACGAGAUUCUACGCUCAAACUUUAAGGGACAAGUGAGGAGAAAAGUUUAUUUGGAAUUAAAAAAACAACCACACCCUUUGAAGGAUUAAAACAAAAAGCCAGCAGUUGAUUCCAGAUGUUUGGAACCACUUCAGAGACAUUAAGAGUAGAGGUUAUGAACUUUUUUUAUGAAUGUGAUUUUCAUCAUUGUGUGUGACAAAUGUAAACAAUUUCAGAUGUUUUAUAUCAAUAAGUAUUUGUUUGCACAGCAUCAUUGUAAGUAAUUUCCUGUAAUGACAGCAAGUUAUCAUCUUAAAUAAAAAUAAUAUAUAACA